GAUAGAGACGCACGGCCUCGGCUGCACGCGCUGGCUGACGGGAGAGUGGCCAGCUAGGCGAGUGGCCGGCGCGGGCCCCUGGCGGGCGGGCGGCGUACCCCAUGCCCGAGACCCGAACCUGAGCACCGAAGGUUCGAGUCCCGCCCCCGCCCGGGGCGGAGCCGGCGAGCGGUCUCGCGGCGUUGCAGCCGCCCUCUGAACGCCUGCGUCCCUUGUGCCAGGCCCAGGACCGGGCGGCGGAGGCGGCCCUUGUGGGUGUCCCCAGUCCGGGCAGCGGACGGACCAGACGAUGAGUGACAAGCUCGACAACGAAGUAAAGUGAAGGGAGAUCCUGAUGGGAGACGGAGGAGAUGGAGGAGGAGAGGGUAGGGGGAGAUGGAGGCGGGGGCCCUGUGCCCAUGGAGGGCUGCGGCCAAGACAGCAGCAGUGCCCAGGGUAGCCCUGCAGCCCUAGCCCCCCAGGAGGAAGACGAGGAGGAGGAAGGGGGGGCUGGGCCGGCUGCAGAGUCCGUGCCUCAGCCUGGACUCUACAGCUACAUCAGGGACGACCUGUUUACCUCGGAGAUCUUCAAGUUGGAGCUGCAGAACGUGCCCCGCCAUGCCAGCUUCAGUGAUGUCCGUCGCUUUCUGGGCCGCUUUGGCCUGCAGCCUCAUAAGACCAAACUCUUUGGGCAACCUCCCUGCGCCUUUGUGACAUUCCGCAGUGCUGCUGAGCGGGACAAGGCCUUGCGUGUGCUGCACGGUGCCCUCUGGAAGGGCCGCCCACUCAGCGUGCGCCUGGCCAGGCCCAAGGCUGAUCCUAUGGCCAGGAAGAGGCGGCGUGAGGAUGAGGGUGAGCCAACGGCCACAUGCAUCGCAGAUGUAGUGACACCUCUUUGGACCGUGCCCUAUGCUGAGCAGCUGGAGCGGAAGCAGCUGGAAUGUGAGCAGGUGCUACAGAAGCUCGCCAAGGAAAUUGGGACCACCAACCGCGCCCUGCUGCCCUGGCUACUCUCACAGAGACACAAGCACAACAAGGCCUGCUGCCCACUGGAGGGGGUUAGGCCAUCACCCCAGCAGACCGAGUAUCGUAAUAAGUGUGAGUUUCUGGUCGGCGUUGGGGUGGACGGGGAGGACAACACAGUCGGCUGUCGGCUUGGGAAGUACAAGGGCGGGACGUGUGCUGUGGCAGCCCCCUUUGACACCGUACACAUCCCUGGGGCCACCAAGCAGGUGGUGAAGGCCUUCCAGGAGUUCAUCCGGUCCACUCCAUAUCCAGCAUAUAACCCAGAGACGUACUCAGGCCACUGGAAGCAGCUGACUGUGCGAACCAGCCGCCGUGGCCAAGCCAUGGCCAUUGUCUACUUCCACCCCCAGAAACUGGGCCCUGAGGAACUGGCUGGGCUGAAGGCCUCCUUGGCGCAGCACUUCAUGGCGGGGCCAGGCAAGGCCACUGGGGUGACCUGCCUCUACUUUGUAGAGGAGGGACAGCGAAAGACUCCUAGCCAGGAGGGCCUGCCCUUGGAGCAUGUGGCUGGAGACCGGUGCAUCCACGAGGACCUGCUGGGGUUGACUUUCCGGAUCUCUCCUCACGCCUUCUUCCAGGUUAACACUCCGGCGGCCGAGGUGCUCUACACAGUCAUCCAGGACUGGGCCCAGCUGGACGCAGGGAGCACAGUACUGGAUGUGUGCUGUGGCACUGGCACCAUCGGCCUGGCACUGGCCCCGAGGGUGAAGAGAGUCGUGGGGAUUGAGCUGUGCCAGGAGGCCGUGGAAGAUGCCCGGGUGAACGCCCGAGACAAUGAGUUGAGUAAUGUGGAGUUCCACUGUGGGAGAGCCGAGGACCUGGUGCCCGCUUUGGUGAGCAGACUAGCCUCUCAGCAGCUCAUUGCCAUCUUGGACCCACCCCGUGCUGGCCUGCAUUCCAAAGUGAUCCUGGCUGUCCGAAAAGCUGAGAACCUCAAGCGGCUCCUGUAUGUCUCUUGCAACCCCCGGGCGGCCAUGGGCAACUUUGUGGACCUCUGCAGGGCCCCAUCUAACCGAGUGAAGGGCACCCCCUUCCGACCUGUCAAGGCUGUGGCUGUGGACCUCUUCCCGCAAACCCCGCAUUGUGAGAUGCUCCUCCUGUUUGAGAGGGUGGAGCACCCCAAUGGCGCAGGGGCCCUGGCACCCCAGGACCCUCCAGCCCAGUCCCCACCAGAACCCCCAGAGGAUACCUUACAGGAAACCGGGGCUGCUGCCUCUUGCUAGGUCCCUGGAGGACUGGAAACUUGCCCUUUCAGAAUGGGGCCAUCUUCAUCACCCGGGCAGCAGCCAAGGGGUUCCCCAAGUCCUUGCCUUGCCUCAGGACGCUCAGGCAGCACCUAGAGGGCACAAGACUUGGCUGACCCACUCAAGGUCCAUCUGUCCCUGUGGACUCUAGGCUCCUGUAGCAUGUCCCCUACCACUGCCCCCACACCUCCAGUUCUUUUUGGGUUAGCUGGGAUAUAGGGCUAGAAUAAACAGUUGGUGAACUACAGCUGUUAUUGUGAUGAAAACUCAUUAGCACACGGGGCUCCCUUCUGCCACCCCACUGCAGGUGCUGGGGGCAAGGUCAACGGGGCACCUUGAACAGCCUAAGUCUGAGCCUCCACCUCCCGCUAGCACACUGCCAGCUCCUCUGUGUGGCAGCAAGUCACAGCAGUGUGCUGACAGCAUCAGGUUUUAUGCUUAACCCCAGGGGAGCAGAGAUGUGGAUCUACUGGCCCACAGCUGUACAUGUGGGGUAGAACACAUGGCGAGGGGCCAUCUCCUGCAGGUAGGCCCAGUGGUCUGCCCCAUUUUUCCUACACCCCCUGAGGGAAGGUUCCAUCCCCAACCUAGCCCU